AUGUAUCGAAUAGAAGUUUUGGUGUUUCUUCGGCCUCACAUAGGCCUGCGCAACGCGUGGCCAAUGAGUCUGCUGAUUCAGGCGCAGACGUCGGAGGACGACGAGGAGAUCCAGGAAUGUCUGGACUUGGUGUUGAAGUCUUCCAGGCUCGGCCUCGUGCACGAGAGCGUCGACGUCAACCACGUGAGGCAGUACACGCGCAGCUGGUUUGCAUGGGCUAACGGUGUCUUUGCUGGCACCAUCAUGGACCUGGCCAAGAGGAAACCGCACCUGAUUUUCGAAAAGGGCACUGCGCCUUAUCAAGUAUGA